AUGUCAAUGGCGGCAGCCGCCGCCGCCGCCGCAGCAUCAUCCACGCUGCUGCGGGCAAGCAACAUCUCUGUCGCGCGCCCCGUCCCAGUCACCGCCGGUCAGCAGCUCAUCCCAAGCGGCGUUGCCUGCUGCAUCCGGACCGUGAGUGGGUGGAGAGCAGCGGUCGCGCACGCGGCAGCGGCAGGCGAUGGGGGUGCGCCGGCAGGUGCCCUUCCGGCGGCGCUGCUGUUCGAUUGCAACGGUGUGCUGGUGGACACCGAGAAGGACGGCCACCGCAUCUCCUUCAACGAAACAUUCGCCGAGAGGGAAUUAGGUGUGAGUUGGGAUGUUGAACUGUAUGGAGAAUUGCUCAAGAUAGGUGGUGGAAAGGAAAGGAUGACAGCUUACUUCAACCAGACAGGAUGGCCAGCUAAAGCACCAAAGACUGAUGAGGAAAGAAAGGAGUUCAUUGCUUCUCUUCACAAGAGGAAAACAGAAUUAUUCAUGGCCCUAAUUGAGAAAAAGUUGCUUCCUCUCCGUCCAGGUGUUCAAAGGUUAAUCGAUGAAGCUUUAGGAAAGGCAGUUAAAGUUGCAGUGUGCAGUACAUCAAAUGAGAAAGCUGUUUCAGCAAUAUUGUCAUACUUAUUAGGGCCUGAUAGAGGUGAAAAGAUUACCAUAUUUGCUGGAGAUGUGGUUCCUCGCAAAAAACCUGACCCCGCAAUCUACAUAUUAGCAGCAACUACACUCGGAGUUGAUCCACAAAGCUGUGUUGUUGUUGAAGACAGUACUAUAGGGCUUGCAGCGGCAAAAGCUGCCGGCAUGAAGUGUAUCGUAACAAAAAAGCGGAUGUACCAUAAAUAUGUUUUCAGCUACACUGCAGAAGAGGACUUUGAGACAGCGGAUGCUGUGUUCGAUUGCAUUGGUGACCCACCAGAAGUGCACUUCGAUUGGGAUUUCUGUGCCAACUUGCUCCAGAAACAAUAUAUGAUCAAAGAAAUCAAGGUUGAAGAAGGAGAUCAAUCAAGAGGUGAAGUGAAGCAAUCAGGGACUCAAGGUCAAGUGGAUUGUGGAGGGGUCAAGUAUUGCAAGAGAGGACCCAAGGAUUGA